AUGGAAGGUAUGAAGGGAAUCGUGGACUUCAUUAAAUGCAAGAAAUUCAAAAAGACCGCAGAUUAUGAUAUUACAUUGAAUAAACUACUUGACAAGGCCAAAAAAGCCAAACCUGGAAAGACGCGAUUUGGGAUUGCAACGGAAUGCAAGACUUUGAAAUUCUCCUCAGUCGGAAAGAAGGCCACACCGGUUAACGAACUCGACAUUUGCAGGAUAAAGAAUUUAAAGAAGACGUCUACUAGCGAGAGAGCAAUAGCUUUCACCUAUCCCGGACCCGAUGGAAAGUAUCCGCUUAUGCUGUAUGCAAUGCGAUUUGAAAAGGAAAGCGACUAUACCUUGUUUGUAGAGAGGAUUGAAAAUACUUCCUGCGAAGUAUGUGAUGAAAGUAAGUUUAAUGCGGGAAGUUCUCAUCGAAGUUCAUCCAGUUCAUCCAGUUCAUCAUCUAGUUCAUCACGACACUCAAGCAUACGCCCACCAAAAAGAAAGGAAAAAAGGAAAAAAGUAAAUUGCUACACUUCCUCUGAUAAUAUUCUUUCGCCUUAUGGAACCCCUAAUUUCUGGGGAAAUCGUUACGAUAUGGGCUAUCAAUCAUCUUCUCCAUAUCGUCGAGCCUACUCCGUUGGACCUCAGAAUGUGCGUAUUUACAAAGUGUACAGGGUUGAGAAAGGCUCAGCACUACCAGCAGUUGUGCAGACUUUACAUCCAGUUCAAGUUACUCUAGCGAAGAGUUUAAUUGUUACGGUGAAAACAAUGCAUAUUUUAACUCAUAUGACUCAUAUUAUAAAUGUUGAUCUAACCAUUUCCAAGAUUUCUUCUUUCUCCAUGGACAUUACUUGGCGAGCUUACCCUCGACUUCAUUAUCUGUACCUUCAAUUGGAGAUGGAAUAUUUUACUUUCACUUCCUUCCCUACCAAUCCCUAUUCCAAAUCUUUAAUCACAUUAUUGAAUUUUGCUAGCUUAGUAUAG